AUGUCUACUCCCCUCGACAAGACCGCCCCGAUCGCCAUUGUUGGCGCGGGCGUGUUCGGCCUCUCCAGCGCCAUCCAUCUGGUCCGGAGAGGGUAUCGCAACGUCACCGUCUUUGACCGUCAGCCCUACCACGAGACGCUCUACGACUUUGACCGUGGCUGUGAUGCAGCAUCUGCAGACUGCAACAAGAUCAUCCGGGCCGCCUACGGCCACGAAACAUGGUACCAGAACUUCACGCUCGAAGCAAUCAAAGCAUGGGAGACAUGGAACGAGUCUCUUGCCAAGGGAAGCACUCUUCCCCCGGGAAUGACUAGCAAGGAACGCAUCUAUGUCAACUGCGGCAACUACCAUUUCGGCGACCACGGCGACGCAGCCGGCCUGAACCCCUUCGAAAAGGCUUCAGUAGAGAACCUGACCAAAGCAGGCCUCGGACACACUCAGUACCUGUUUGCCUCCAACCCGCAAGAGGCGACCCGAGCCAAGGUAGAUGGCUACGGCUACGCUGUCGACCCCUUCCACCUAUCGCGCGACGGACAACAACCAAGCGGGUACCUCGACAUGAUCGGGGGAUUCGUCUACGCAGACAAGGCAUGUCGCUACGCACUUCACCUAGCGCAGCAACUAGGUGUCAAGCUCAUCUUAGAUCGACAAGCCGGUCGCUUCGAGGGUUUGCUCGAAUCCAAUGGUGAGGUAACCGGGAUCCGCACCGCAGAUGGCAAACACCACACCGCCGCCCUGACCAUCCUCGCCUGCGGCGGAUGGACACCUACCCUCGUCCCAGAGAUGGACGGGCUCUGCGAAACCACCGCGGGAUCCGUGGCGAUGAUCCAAAUCCCAGAGGGUUCUCCACUCCGCCAACGAUUCUCGGCAUCCAACUUCCCGGUCUUCCAAUGGAACGUGCGCAGCGGGGAGAAUAGCAACCUGUACGGCUUCCCUCUGGAUGACCGGGGGGUGCUGAAGAUCGGAUACCGCGGAACGAAAUACACGCAUCCCCAGGUGCAGUUAGAUGGACAGGUGCGCAGUGCCCCGAUCACCAAGUGGACGGCCCCGUCUGUGUCCGGGUUACCGGAGAAGUCUGUCUCGGUGAUUCAGGGGUUCUUGGAUCGGUAUUUACCCGAGUUGAAAGAGGCGGGGAUCGGGAUUUCGCAGACGCGAUUAUGCUGGUACACAGAUUCGUAUGAUAAUCACUGGGUGAUUGAUCGGGUGCCUGGGAAGAAGGGGGUGAUGGUAGCUACGGGGGGGAGUGGACAUGGGUUCAAAUUCCUACCGGUGUUGGGACAGUUGGUGGUGGAUCGCGUGGAGGAAGUGCAAUCGGAGCUACUGGAGCUGGUCAAGUGGCGGAAGUUGGGAGCUGGGGAGAAGGGGUCGAACGAGUUGAUGAGAGGGUUCAAGGAUGGAAAUGCGUUGCAGAAGGUGAAGUUGGUGAGUGAGCCAGGGAGGGAGAGUCGGCUGUAA